AUGGACAGUGAAGUGGACAUGGAUAGUGAAGAGGACAUGGAUAGUGAAGUGGACAUGGAUAGUGAAGUGGACAUGGAUAGUGAAGAGGACAUGGAUAGUGAAGUGGACAUGGAUAGUGAAGUGGACGUGGAUAGUGAAGUGGACAUGGAUAGUGAAGAGGACAUGGAUAGUGAAGAGGACAUGGAUAGUGAAGAGGACAUGGAUAGUGAAGUGGACAUGGAAAGUGAAGUGGACAUGGAUAGUGAAGUGGACAUGGAUAGUGAAGUGGACAUGGAUAGUGAAGUGGACAUGGAUAGUGAAGAGGACAUGGAUAGUGAAGUGGACAUGGAUAGUGAAGAGGACAUGGAUAGUGAAGUGGACAUGGAUAGUGAAGUGGACAUGGAUAGAGAAGAGGACAUGGAUAGUGAAGUGGACAUGGAUAGUGAAGAGGACAUGGAUAGUGAAGUGGACAUGGAUAGUGAAGUGGACAUGGAUAGUGAAGUGGACAUGGAUAGUGAAGAGGACAUGGAUAGUGAAGUGGACAUGGAUAGUGAAGUGGACGUGGAUAGUGAAGUGGACAUGGAUAGUGAAGUGGACAUGGAUAGUGAAGUGGACAUGGAUAGUGAAGUGGACAUGGAUAGUGAAGUGGACAUGGAUAGUGAAGUGGACAUGGAUAGUGAAGAGGACAUGGAUAGUGAAGUGGACAUGGAUAGUGAAGAGGACAUGGAUAGUGAAGUGGACAUGGAUAGUGAAGUGGACAUGGAUAGUGAAGUGGACAUGGAUAGUGAAGAGGACAUGGAUAGUGAAGUGGACAUGGAUAGUGAAGAGGACAUGGAUAGUGAAGAGGACAUGGAUAGUGAAGAGGACAUGGAUAGUGAAGUGGACAUGGAUAGUGAAGUGGACAUGGAUAGUGAAGUGGACAUGGAUAGUGAAGAGGACAUGGAUAGUGAAGUGGACAUGGAUAGUGAAGUGGACAUGGAUAGUGAAGUGGACAUGGAUAGUGAAGUGGACAUGGAUAGUGAAGAGGACAUGGAUAGUGAAGUGGACAUGGAUAGUGAAGAGGACAUGGAUAGUGAAAUGGACAUGGAUAGUGAAGUGGACAUGGAUAGUGAAGUGGACAUGGAUAGUGAAGAGGACAUGGAUAGUGAAGUGGACAUGGAUAGUGAAGAGGACAUGGAUAGUGAAGUGGACAUGGAUAGUGAAGUGGACAUGGAUAGUGAAGUGGACAUGGAUAGUGAAGAGGACAUGGAUAGUGAAGUGGACAUGGAUAGUGAAGAGGACAUGGACAGUACCCUGUGGUUCGGUUCCUAG